AUGAGUGACCAUAGUGGUGUUAUUUCUACUACUGCUACUGCUACUACUGCUACUACUGCUAGCUGCCGCUGCCGCUGCCGCUCCUGCUGCUGCCGCGUUGCUGCUGCUCCCACUGCUGCUGCUCCCACUGCUGCUGCUCCCACUACUGCUGCUCCCACUACUGCUGCUCCCACUACUGUUGCUCCCACUACUGCUGCUACCACUACUGCUGCUACCACUACUGCUGCUACCACUACUGCUGCUACCACUACUGCUACUACCACUACUGCUACUACCACUACUACUACCACCACUACUACUACUACUACUCCUACUACCUACUACUACUACUCCUACUACCUACUACCUACGACUACGCCUACUACGACUACUGCUACUACGACUACUGCUACUACCACUGCUACUACCACUACUGCUACUACUACUGCUGCUACUAUUACUGCUACUACUCUCAUCUUCUCAUCUUCUCCUUUUGCUUCAGUUUCGUGUCGUCAGGUUAUAGCACUUGAAUUCCUUAACUUUCUAUUAAGUCUGGUUGGAAUUCGACUUUCAACUACUUGGAUUGGAUCUUUGGGCUUUUUUGAGAACCAGGAUUUUAGCUAA